GAUAAAUCCUUUCAAUAACUUGUGCCCAGAAUCGAUGAACGACAAAAGUCGACAAAGUACAUGUUGUCCGACAACAUGAGAUGAGGGCACGAUGAUCAGGCGUAAUCUUGGCAAUCGAGGGGUUGUAGCAUCAUCCACUGGGUCAUCUCGAAAGACAAAAAGAUGAGAUUUUUUCUUCUUUUGUCGGUCCAAGAACCACUCGUAGAAUGCCUCUGUUACCGAUCCGGCCACCGUCACCAGCUGCGACUGGCCCCGUCCACGGAAGAGCGAUGGGGUUCAGGGAAGUUACCCGAGCCCAUUUGCGCAUCCGCUACGACGGGCCAUUAGGUCCAUAGGUCUACUUUCACCCCGUAACGAGCGCAACCCACUCAAACAUCGUAUGUCCGAGCAUUAGUCCGAAACAGAGUUUGAAAUUUCAACGCAAGAAUCUCUCUCUGUAGCAGACACUGAGCUCCAGAGCCAUGAGUCCGCUCCUCAGGGUGCGCAAGACUGUUUCGUCCCUCCAUCGCUUCUCCAGAACUCUCUCGAGUGUUUCGGUUUCAGAGCACAAAAUGGCAGAACCUACACUCGAGACAGAUCCAUGCUCCAUUCACCCAGCUGCGGUCGUCCACCCAAACGCCGUUAUUGGUCAGGGUGCUUCGAUCGGUCCUUUUUGCACCGUGGGGGCUUCAGCUAAGCUCGGCAAUCAUUGUCGGUUAUACCCAGGAAGCCAUGUUUCCGGCAACACCGUCUUGGGCGAGCAUUGUGUGCUCCUGACUGGUGCUGUGGUUGGCGAUGAUAUUCCGGGGCAAACAGUGAUUGGGUGCAAUAACACAAUUGGUUAUCAUGCUGUGGUUGGUGUGAAAUGCCAAGAUUUGAAGUACAAGACAGGGGAUGAAUGUUUCCUUCACAUCGGGGACAACAAUGAGAUCAGAGAAUAUGCCUCCAUCCACCGAUCUUCAAAAUCAAGUGAUAGAACUGUAAUUGGCAAUAACAAUCUCGUCAUGGGGUCUUGUCACAUUGCACAUGACUGUAAAAUUGGGAACAAUAACAUCUUUGCAAAUAACACUCUUCUGGCAGGCCAUGUAGUUGUAGAAGAUCAUGUUCAUACUGCAGGCGCCAUAGUAAUUCAUCAGUUCUGCCAUGUUGGCUCGUUUGCUUUCAUUGGUGGUGGUUCUGCGAUUUCACAAGAUGUACCCAAAUACAUGAUGGUGACUGGAGAAAGAGCUGAACUUCGAGGUUUAAAUCUCGAGGGUCUUCGGCGACAUGGAUUCACGACCAAAGAGAUGAGGAGCCUAAGGACAGCUUACCAGAGGAUAUUCAUGCCAUCAGAUGCCAGUUCUGGGGGUUUCGAGGAACGUCUUGCUGAAGUGGAACAACAUGAAGUAUUGGCACAAGUUUCUUCUGUACGGUCUAUGGUGCAGUCCAUUCGUGAUUGUUUUUCUGAAAAUCGCCGGGGAAUAUGCAAGUUCAGGCACUGGAAUGGCUGAUUAGCUUUGCUACAGUAAUUUUUGGCUUCAUAGAGAUUAUUCAUGAAGCAUUGUUGUGUACCAGUUGCCAUGAGGGGCAAGAGAACCCUCGAUCUUGGCUUGAACUGAAGCCACAGCAUUGGGUGAAUCAUGUAAUAGGACUCGAGAGUAAUCUGCGAAGGAGGAGAUGAAGUUCCUGCCAAAGAGGAAUUAGCUGGAAUUAUCAUGGGCAAAUGCACUUGAACUCGUACGACAACUUCAUUUUCGCACUCGUCUCUUAAAAAUUGUCGCCUAUUAUUUUACAUUUUACUCUCUCCUCUCUAUACUCUCUGUUCUUUCUAAAUUUAUGGCGUGACCUGUGAUUUCCAGGAAUGAUGCUAGAAACUGUCCUGUACUCGACAUGCUAAGAUAACGAUAUCUAUUGUGAUGAUACGAUACCAGUUAAUUCUGAUAUAUUUUACUGCAGCAUCCAGAUGUUUUGCUAUUA